AGCGCCCCGCCCCGCCCCUCAGUGCGCCGGGCUGAUUGACAGGCAGCACACCGCGAAUAUGGCAGAGCGGCAACAGCAGAAGCUCGAAGGCAGGGUGAAGAUCGGCCAUUACGUCCUCGGCGUCACUCUCGGCGUGGGAACCUUCGGCAAAGUGAAGAUCGGGGAGCACCAGUUGACGGGGCAUAAGGUGGCAGUGAAGAUCCUGAACAGGCAGAAGAUUCGCAGCCUGGAUGUCGUGGGCAAAAUCAAGCGAGAGAUCCAGAAUCUCAAACUGUUCCGGCACCCGCACAUCAUCAAGCUGUACCAAGUGAUCAGCACGCCAACAGAUUUCUUCAUGGUUAUGGAGUAUGUGUCAGGAGGGGAGCUCUUUGACUACAUCUGCAAGCAUGGACGGGUGGAGGACACCGAAGCCCGCCGCCUUUUCCAGCAAAUCAUCUCAGCUGUGGAUUACUGUCACCGUCACAUGGUGGUCCACAGGGACCUCAAACCUGAAAAUGUCCUGCUGGACGCCAGCAAGAACGCCAAGAUUGCAGACUUUGGUCUGUCAAACAUGAUGUCUGACGGCGAGUUCCUGAGGACCAGCUGCGGGUCGCCCAACUACGCCGCCCCAGAGGUCAUCUCGGGAAGGCUGUACGCGGGCCCAGAGGUGGACAUCUGGAGCUGUGGCGUCAUCCUGUACGCACUCCUGUGCGGCACCCUCCCCUUCGACGACGACCACGUCCCCACGCUCUUCAAGAAGAUCAGAGGCGGCGUCUUUUACAUCCCGGAGUAUCUGACCCGCUCGGUGGCCUCGCUGCUGAUGUUCAUGCUGCAGGUGGACCCGCUGAAGAGAGCCACCAUCAAGGACAUCAGGGAGCACGAGUGGUUCAAACAGGACCUGCCGGGCUACCUGUUCCCCGAGGACCCGUCGUAUGACGCCACGGUCUUGGACGAGGAGGCCGUGAAGGAGGUGUGCGACAAGUUUGAGUGCACCGAGGCGGAGGUUGUUUCCAGCCUCUACAGCGGCGAUCCUCAGGACCAGCUCGCGGUGGCCUAUCACCUCAUCAUAGACAACCGGCGCAUCAUGACGCAGGCCAGCGAGUUCUACCUGGCCUCCAGUCCGCCUCAGGGCUCCUUCAUAGAGGAGGGCUUGCCGCUGCCCCCGGGGGUCAAGCCCCACCCGGAGAGGAUGCCCCCGCUGCUGGCCGACAGCCCCAAGGCCCGCUGUCCCCUGGACGCCCUCAACACCACCCGACCCAAACCGCUGGCCGUGAAGAAGGCCAAGUGGCACCUGGGCAUUCGGAGCCAGAGCCGACCCUACGACAUCAUGGCCGAGGUCUACAGGGCCAUGAAACAACUGGGCUUCGAUUGGAAGGUGGUGAACCCGUACCACCUGCGGGUGCGCAGGAAAAACCCAGUGACGGGCAACCUGGUGAAGAUGAGUCUGCAACUCUACCAGGUGGACAACAGAUCCUACCUGCUCGACUUCAAGAGCAUUGACGAUGACAUCAUCGAUGCGGUGGGCUUCAAGUCGGGCUCGUCCACCCCCAAGCGGUCCGGCUCGACGGCGGGCCUGCAUCGGCCGAGGCUCAGCUUGGACUCGGUGGAGGUGCCUCAGCUCAGCUCGUCGCUGCCGGGCUCGCUGAGCGGCAGCUCGCCGGCGCUCGCCCCGCGCCAGGGUUCGCACACCAUGGACUUCUUCGAGAUGUGCGCCAGCCUCAUCACCACGCUGGCCCGCUGACCCCCCCCCCCCCCCCCCCCCCCAGAUCAGAGCUUUUUCCCAAAGUGUUGGACCCGAGUCCUGAUGUCAAGCUGAUCCAGGAACAGGAAGGUGAGCACUCGGCACCUUUUUUUUUUUCCACCUGAGGGGACAUCCCAACACUGAUCAGAGGUCAGUUUGUGGUCUGAGGGAGCACAUGAAGAUUAUCCACGUACAUCGUAUUUCUCCCACUAUGUAGCGAACAAAAUCACUUUAUAUAAAUCAAAAUAUUUAUUUUUGGAGAGAUUAUUUUUAAGCAUUGAGCACAGAUUUAUUUAAAUGCUGUUUAAAUGUUCUGAUUAAAAGAGCAGAUUUGAGAAAUGAGAGUGACAGAAUGUUCCGCUGGCAUUAAUGACACGGCACAGACACACACCAUCGCACACGGAGGCUGCAAAUAUAUUACACCUACAAAUCUGACGAGGUUAAUAUGAAACACUCGUGUUAAUUAAAGCCAGCGCGGCGUUGACGAGGCAGACAUGGCGGCCUGUCACAUGGACGGUAAAUUAAAAUGACCACUGCUCUUUUCAUUAUUAUUACUCAGUGGAGAACUAAUGAAAAUGUCCCAUCACUGAGAGCCUCACGCACAUCAAAGGCUCCGCCCCUUCAUUUAUGCUGAUGCCGUCAUUCUUUAAACGCAACGUUUACUGCUUAAGCCCUGUGAGAUGGUGUGUGCACCACUGAAGUAGCCCCAGAAACCUUCUUCCAGCUGCCUUUAAACAACCAACUACUGUAUUUUCCGGGCUAUAAAGCGAACCAAUAUUUAAGCCGCACCCACCAAAUUUGAGAAAAAAUACAUCUUUUUACAUAUAUAAUCCGCACCAGACUGUAAGACGGCAGUAAAACGGCUGAUCAAACAAAACAGAAGUCAUUGUCAUGGACCCAUUAGCUGCGGAAGCUUGUUCUCCAAUCAGCUAAACGGACUCAAUAACUCCACGGUGACGUCUUGGUGAAUUUACGAAACUGAAACGAUACAGAAAGUAUGCCGUUGAAUGUGUUAGCAUAUUUGCUAAUGCUAACAACGCUAGCAGGAUUACAUUACGAUAGCCCAUACAAAUAUGCAUUAAAACUAGGGAUGUCCGAUAAUACGGGGCGAUAAAUGCUUUAAAAUGUAAUAUCGGAUAUUAUCGGUUUCAAAAUUAUCGGUAUCGGUUUCAAAAAGUAAAAUUUAUGACUUUUAAAAACGCCGCUGUGUACACGGACGUAGGGAGAAGUACAGAGCGCCAAUAAACCUUAAAGGCACUGCCUUUCCGUGCCGGCCCAGUCACAUAAUAUCUACGGCUUUUCACACACAUAAGUGAAUGCCAUGCAUACUUGGUCAACAGCCAUACAGGUCACACUGAGGGUAGCCGUAUAAACAACUUAAACACUGUUACAAAUAUGCGCCACACUGUGAACCCACACCAAACAAGAAUGACAAACAUAUUUUGGGAGAACAUCCACGCCGUAACACAACAUAAACACAACAGAACAAAUACCCAGAACCCCUUGCAGCACUAACUCUUCCGGGACGCUACAAUAUACACCCCCUGCUACACCCCCACCUAAACCUCCUCAUGCUCUCUCAGGGAGAGCAUGUCCCAAAUUACAAGCUGCUGUUUUGAGGCAUGUUAAAAAAAAUAAUGCACUUUGUGACUUCAAUAAUAAAUAUGGCAGUGCCAUGUUGGCAUUUUUUUCCAUAACUUGAGUUGAUUUAUUUUGGAAAAACUUGUUACAUUGUUUAAUGCAUCCAGCGGGGCAUCGCAACAAAAUUAGGCAUAAUAAUGUGUUAAUUCCACGACUGUAUAUAUCGGUAUCGGUUGAUAUCGGAGUCGGUAAUUAAGAGUUGGACAAUAUCGCAAUAUCGGAUAUCGGCAAAAAAGCCAUUAUCGGACAUCUCUAAUUAAAACACUCCUAGAGACAUCAUACAUGGGAUGGUUUAUUAAGUAUGAGUUGUUUUAGAUCUAUUUUAAAACUCACAAACGUUGCUUACAAUGACGAAUGAAGAAUCCUUUUGAGCAGAAACGCUACGAAUGGAUCCCGACAUGAAACAGGAAGUACAUUGUCAACCUGCAGCACAUGCAAGUGCGCAAACUAGUUUAAAAGAUGGCGCCGUAGCACAAUCAAUAACACCUUUUUCAGUGUCUGUCAGUGUAAUAUAAAAACUGUAUGUUAAAUACAAAACUUAUUGGCUUAUUAUCCCCAAAUUAGCCGCACUGUCUCGUAAGCGGCUUAAAGUGUUGAAAAAAGUAGCGACGUGUAUUCCGGAAAAUAUGAUAUUUUUGUGUGUGUGUGUCAUAUGAUUGUUAAAAGUCAAUAUUUUUUUUGCUGCGUUUUCACACAGAACCCCAUCUCUUUGUACCGUUUGUUUCCUCAAUGUAUCAUGUUUCUGAAAUGGAAUGUAAAGAAAAAUGAUGUUGAAGGGUCCUCUCGCUUUCAUGUUGGCAGGGAGCACUCAUGCGCUGUUGUCUUUCUGCAGUUGAAAUCUUGAAGCGAGUUCAAAUCUAUACACAGUGGAACCUCGAUUUACGAACAUAAUUUGUUCUUGAACAUGGUUUGCAAACCGAAAAGUUUGUAAAGUGAAGCAUAGUUCCCCCAUAAGAAUCAAUGUAAACAUGAAUAGAUGGUUCUAGCCCUGACAAAAGUCUGUGUAUGUAUAUGUGUGUGCAUAUAUAUAUAUUUAUAUAUAUAUAUAUAUAUAUAGAU